AUGGAAGAGAGUGACAUUGAUGAUAUUUUUGAUGAAGAAGUUGAAAAAUCAAAGGAAAUAAAAGCAUUUCAGUCAAUAAAACAAGAAACACCAUUUAGUCCUGAAAAUACUGAAUUAUUUACCAAUCUUUCUCUCACUAAUAAAAAUAUGUUACAAAUAAAAUCAGAAAACUUCUAUGAAGAACUCAAUGAUAACUUUGAACUCAAGUUAGAAGAUGUUGAUCUGCUUAAAAUUGAGAUUGAAGAUACUAAGCAAUUACAUAGUAAAAAUAUAAAAUUACCAAAAAAGAAAAGUUAUAUGUGUGUGAUGUGUCAAAAAAGAUUCCAUUCUGCAAGAAGAAGAAAUAAUCAUCUACAUGUACAUUUUGAUAUACCAGUGAAAACGAAAAAUGGAAAAAGCAGUUCUAGCAGUGGAUUUUUUGGAACACAAAUAUUCGUUUGUGGAUUUUGUGGGCAGUUUCAUCUUAACAAAAAACAAAUUUUAAAUCAUUGUCAACAGUAUUAUAUUAAAACUCGACGCCAUAUUGGAUGCAAUAGAAAAAAAACUAAUAGUACUUUAUACGAAAAUGAUGUGUUUAAAAGUGAAGUGAAAUUAGAAACUGAAGGUAAUAACACUGUUAAUAACAUGCAUUUGUUGGGGCUACCUUUUAGUAAAAUUUCAAACAGACGUUCUUCUGGACGUCAAUUAAAACGCUUUGAUUGUAGAAGGUGCUACAAAAUAUUUUCAAAUAAAACAGAAUUAGACAAACAUCUUCAAAACCAUGAUAAAUACAAAUGUGAAAUUUGCUCUAAAGAAUAUCUUGUAAAGAGAACCUUUCAGCUUCAUAUGCUUAGUCAUGAAGAAGAUACUUUUAAAGAUAAUCAAACUUCAAAACCGUAUGUAAUUUGUUAUAUUUGUUCAAAGUUUUUUGCUAGUAAGCAUGCUCUCCGGUGUCACUUAGUUUCUCACACUGGCGAAAGGAAAUACAGUUGCAACCAUUGUUCCAAACGGUACAGAUAUGAACAAGAUUUGAAACGACAUAUGGUUAGUCACACGGGUAGAGAUAUAAAACUAUUUGAAUGCUGCCAUUGUUAUAAAGUCUUUAACCAUAAGGGGCAUUUAAAUCGUCAUUUAGAGGGCCAUUUUAUAGGUGGGUUUAAAAAUUAUAAAUGUGACAUAUGUGCAACGAGUUUUCAACGGAAGGAGAAUCUGUACGUGCACACUCGUCGUCACAAUAAAGACUAUACAAGAAAGAAUAUAUUCACGAAGCGAGGUCCUUUUGAAUGCAAAAAGUGUGGCAAAAAAUAUAUUUUCAAUAACAGUUUACAACGUCAUGUAAAAAAUGCCCAUGAAGGACAGCGUUACAUCUGUGCCAUGUGUAAUAAAUCAUUGAAAUCAAAAGAAAGCUUAGUAAGUCAUUUCGAAAUUCACAAAAGAAAACAAAAAAUAGAGCAUCUCUCAAAUUCAUGA